GUACUCCCUGGGCCGACCUGGGAGAUAUCGCCGGGCCAUGCAAAAGCAGCGUCGGCUCCUGGAGCUACACUCGCAGGGCCUGGACCCCGUGGAGCUGCGGCGUGCCGUGCACGACGACCUGGGCACUGACCUCCAGACCUUGAUGUUCAUUCCCAACAUCAGGGCAACUUUCAGUGACGAGCAGCAGGCGCACUGGCUGCCGCGGGCGCAGGCCUGGGAGGCCCAGACCGAGCUGGGCCACGGCUCCAACGUGCGCGGCCUGGAGACAACCGCCACCUACUUCGAGGAAACGGACGAGAUCGAGAUCCACAGUCCAUCUCUCACAAGCACCAAGUGGUGGCCCGGUGCCCUUGGCAGGACGGCGAAUCACGCUGUUGUCUACGCCCGCCUGAUCGUGGCAGGCGAAGACCUGGGCAUCCACAACUUCAUGGUGCAGAUCCGAGACUUGCAGACGCAUGAGCCACUCCCCGGCGUGCGAGUCGGCGACAUUGGGCCGAAGAUCGGCUACAAUAACCAGGACAACGGCUUCUGCCAGUUCAGCCACGUGCGCAUUCCACGGACCAACAUGGCCAUGAGGCAUGCGACGCUGGACCGCAGGGGACAGUACUCGUCUAGAAAGGAGCGGCGCGCGGCGUCCUAUUCCGCCAUGACGAAGGUGCGUGUGGAGAUUGCCAUGGGCAGCGGCCACGUUCUCAGCAAGGCCUGCGCCAUCGCAAUCCGGUACUCUGCUGUGCGGCACCAAGGAUUUACAGGCAAUGGUGAUGGCUCAGAGAUGUGCGUGCUCGAUUACACGAUGCAGCAGCAACGUCUGUUGCCCUUGCUGGCCACAGCCUACGCUUUCCAUUUC